GUUUUGUUGCUGGUAAUUUGAAAUGUUCAUUUUAUAAUAAAUUUGUAGUGUCACAAAUAAUAAUUGUUGUCUAUUUGAUGCAUAACAAUAUUAUAUAAUUAGAAACGAGAGGAGAAAAUAAUCAUGGAGUCCGGUAAAAACUUUAUAUUCCUAAAUUCAUUUUUUCUUCUAAUUAAAUGUUGGUUGUAAAAAAAUGAGUACGAAAAAAGAUAAUAAGGUCACUCUGGGAAUGUUGAAAGGCAAGCCGGUCUCCACGUCAGUACAGUCAAUAUCUAUAAAAUUUCAUGCUGAUGUAGAAGAAAUUGAAGAAGUGAAUUUAAUUGAUGCUGAUAAACCACUACAUACUGAUAGUAGCCAAGAAUUGGAAAAUUGUACUCUAUCAAAUUCAAUUUCUACAGGAGAACAAGAUACUAGCCCUUUGAAAUAUUUUCCUAAGCUGGUAAAAAGGUCAACUAGUGUUGAUGUGAAUGCCCAAACUUUGGGCGGUUCACCUCCUUCAGAUCCCUGGAGAUUUUUUUCUGACAUUAAAGGCAAAAUUACUAAAAAUGUUGAAGAAAAAAUAGCUGAAAUUAAAGCAAGAACCUCAGAGGAAAGCUCUCCCCUGCAUAAACCUAAACGAGACUCGGUUAUCAAAGAAGUCAAAGAAACCAGUAAAGAUAGUUCCAGUGUUUCGGAUUCAGAGGAUAUCUCUGAAAGCAGUAUAUCAAAAACUUGUGAAGUGCUAUCAACAACUGAAGGAGUAGAAAUGUCGAGUGAUGAGGAUACGUCUUCAGUAGACAAAGGCAAAAAUGAAAAAAAGGUAGUUUCGCCUUCACACACUAACAUAUUCAAGCAGAAGUUCAGAUUUUUGAGGCAUAGAGGAGCCCCGAAAGAAGGGUUGACUAACAUAAACAAUUUAUCGAAAAUUUAUAACAUUAACACUGAGAAAGUUGAGCAGGCAUUACCGGAACAUUCCGACGAUGUAGAGAGUGCUGUAGACGCGCUUGAAGACAGUGAAGAAAGAGGCGAAACAAAAAGUGAAGAACAUAAAUCCUUAGGUAAUGAGGGGAUUAUAAGGGCAGUAGCCGAAAAAAUAGAAAACAUUGAAGUAGAUAGUGAAAAUGUUUUAAAUAUUAAGGAAAUAAUGGGAGAGGACAUAAGACAAUCAUCAGAAAAGACUAAUAAAGUUGUGACUGUAUUUGCUCCAACAGGUUUUGUAGACUUAAGGCCAAAGAGGCCAUCAAAGGAUUCCAAGAAUCAUUUAUCCUGGCUGAUACCCAUUCUUGCCAUCGUUUUUUACACGGUUUUGCACGGUUAUAGUCCGUACUUUGCCGGAUUGCUAUUAGGGGUUGCACUGACUGCUGCUGUAUUCUUGGCUUUCCUCAAAAUUUACGCGUCCAAUGUUGCAACAGUAGCCACCAAUACAACGAUCUCUACAUCUCAAAUCGUUCGCAAAAUUAUGGAAAUUCCCGCUGCGAAAGAAUAUCAGCCUUUAACAAAAUAUGAGGGUUGGGUAAACGAGUAUCCUGAUGUAUAUGAUCCUAUGACUUAUCAUAUUUCUCGAACUCAGUCAGUAUAUUUACGUUUACAAGGCAAUUUGUUAAGGAUUAGUCACACAAAACACAGGGUUGCCAAACGCGCAAUGUGGAAUGAGGCAGAAAUUAAAGCCAACUUCAGUCAUCACAGAAUUUAUAAUUUGACUGAUGCAAGAAUUAGUCUUUUGCCGGAAGGAUUGGCCAAGAAAAGACACUGGAGCAAAAAAUAUCCAAUUUGUAUUACACUAGGCAAGGAUCAAUUGGCUUUUAAGCCGGACUUGCUAAAAAAUGAACUAAAAAUGGAAAAAUCUGAUGAGAAAACAAAAAAAUCCCCAAAGGCUAAAAGAAAAUUCACAUUUAAGCGUCGUGACUAUCAAGAAUUGGCUCAGCGUUUUAGUAAAUUAACUCAAGAUGAAGACAUUGAAUUAGAUUCUGAUUCUAGAGAAAGUAGCCCUUCCCCAGAAGAUUUAGGUGUGGAUGAUUCAACUACAGCUGGUGAUGAUGAAGAGUACCUUGAUUUGCCAGCCACUGAGCAUUUAUCGCAAGAAGAAGAUGGGAACUCUGUGGAGCAGAACUUGUACAUAUUUGGCCGUACAGAUCGAGAGAAGGAAGACUGGUUCAGAAGGCUGGCUGCAGCAACCCACCAGGUCAGCGAAACUACUAUAAAUGAGCACGAUCAUGACCAUGAAAUUAGCGCUAAUAUAACCCAAUCUGUCCAUGUGGAGGAUGAAUACUUAAAAUACAUGUCCGUUUUUAAUAAGCCUUCCAGAAAGAAAUCCAAAGAUAAAUCUGAUAAAAACGAGUUAGAUUCCUCAGGUGAUAACAAUGAAGAAUCGCUGGAGUUUAAAAGUGAGAUGGUUUUAUGGUUCAACGCCUUGCUAGGCCGUGUACUUUACGACUGCAUGAGAGAUUCAAAUUUCACAGUGAAAGUGAAAGAGAGAAUUCAGAAAAAAUUAGGUACUAUAAAACUUCCAUAUUUCAUAGAAGAAAUCUCAAUUACUGAACUGUCCUUGGGAAAAACCCCACCAUUUAUACUUCGCACCUACAAACCUGUUUUGGACGAGAGAGGGCUUUGGGUUGACUUAGACAUUAGUUAUGAAGGACUGGUCGUAGUUACGUUGCAAACAAAAAUAAAUCUUAUGAAAUUGAAAAAUCCUCAGUUGGGCGAAAAACCCGUAGGGGAAGUAAGGUCCGCUAUUUACCAUUCCGACGUAGAUGAUUCGGCGGAAAGCAGCUCAGAUGAGGACGCGUCUCAGGAACACAUUUUAGCAAAAGACGCUUCCGCUAGUGGAGGAUCCAGUCAUUCUAAAAAAAAUAUAUUUAAAAUGGUAGAUAGAUUAGCGGAAUCCAAGUUCUUCCAAGCUGCUACUGAAUAUAGAUACAUAAAAAAGGCAAUGGAAGGAGUGUCAAACACGGAUCUAAGACUUACCGUUGAAUUGAGGGGAUUGGCAGGAACGGUUGUGUUGAAUAUGCCACCUCCGCCAAGUGACAGGAUCUGGAUUGGUUUCAGACCCGUUCCGGAAUUAGUGUUAUCAACGCGUCCAGGCGUCGGCGAAAGAAACGUUAACCAUGGAAUAGUAACCAGUUGGAUAGAGAAAAAACUGCUUUUGGAAUUUCAGAAAGUGAUGGUCAUUCCAAAUAUGGAAGACUUCAUAAUACCCGUGAUGGAUCCGCAGUUACCACAAUAAAUAUGUUAUAAAGUGUUUUCUCUAAAUGUAUAUUUGUGUGUGAUAAAGGUGGUGAUAAAAUGUUACAGGGCAGAAAAAUAUAGUUUUUCUAUUUUCAGUCUAGUCCGCAAAAAAAAGUGUCCAAUUAAUCAUUAUUUUAAUUUCGGCUAACCGUUCUGUGAUGUGUUAUUUGCCACCAUAUUUAGAGUUUUCCGCGAUACUCACAUUAAAAUAACCUUUUACGCAUUUGGGUAUCAUUUUGGGCUUUGCAUAUUAUCAUUAAGACAUUCCCAUCGCCCCAAGAAUUGGGGAAAUAAAGAAGGACGUUGUUUUUUUGUAGUUCUGGAUUGUUUGUUAUUUAUAUUUUAUUUUUGUUUUUGCGCAGUAAGAAUGUGUUCAUGCGAACAAACUGUUUGAUGUGGACCAAUUUUAUCAAAUUGUUAGUGACAAACAUAAUUCUGACAACAAAUGACUGUUGAUCUUAUUUUCUUCCCUACUAAAUAGGUGACUAAUUUUUUGCUGAAAACCUAUUAUUUAAUUCCAAUAAGGUUCAACAGAUUGCACAUCACAGUAAAAGCUCUUCUUUCACCAAUUUCAACCAAAAACUGUUCAAACUAACUCUAAUUAAUUUAGUUUAAUUAUGUAAUUUUUUAGUACAUUGUUGUUUUUACUAGUUUUGUAGGAUUGUACACCGGUAGCAGCACCUUUUGUGAUAUAUUUUUAUGUUUUAUUAUGUUGUGAACUUGAAAAUAUUUAUGUUCCUAAUAAUAUGAAUGCAAAGUUGAAAUACAUGUUUAAAUAAAACUCCAAAAUUUA